AUGACAGAAAUAAAAAGAGUCAACUCAUCCACUCUUAAGAGAUAUAGGUCGAAUUCUAUGGGAAAUUCAGUUGCUUAUGCAGGAUUAUUACUCAUCGAGUUAAUUCUUUUGGCUUUAAAAUUCAUUUAUACUACUGUUGAGUCCAUUAUACGAACAUUUUUACCGCCAUUAGAAAAAUCACUAAAAGACGAAGUUAUAUUAAUAACUGGUGCUGGUCAUGGUAUUGGUCGAGAAUUGGCAUUAUUGUUUGCCAUACAAAAUGCAAUUAUUGUAUGCUGGGAUUUAGACGAAAAAGGAAAUAAUGAAACUAAACACAUUCUUAAGAUUAAAGGUUACAAACGUGUUUACACUUACAAAGUAGAUGUGUCUAAUAGACAGGAAGUUUUAGAUGCUGCAGCCUUAGUUAAACAGGAAGUCGGUAGCGUAUCGGUACUAGUAAACAAUGCUGGAAUUAUGCCAUGCAGACCGUUGUUUUCUCAAAGCCACGAAGUAAUUGAAAAAAUAUUCAACGUCAACGUUUUAGCUCAUUUUUGGGCUCUGGAAGCAUUCUUGCCAAGCAUGAUUGAAAAUAACCAUGGCCAUGUAAUUGCUUUGUCUUCAAUGUGCGGUGUCAUCGGACUCCCAAAUGUUGUUCCAUAUUGCGCAUCGAAAUUCGCCGUAAGAGGACUCAUGGAAGCCUUAUACGAAGAGUUAAGAGUUGGAGAUACGAAAAACAAUAAAUCUGAAAUCAAAUUCACUACAGUUUACCCGAUUAUGGUUAAUACAGGACUAGUUAAGAAACCUAGAAAUCGAUUCCCAUUCUUGCUGGACAUGCAAUCGCCUGAAAAAGUAGCCAAUAUCAUUGUAAAGUCGAUGAGACGUAACUACAAAGAAGUCAGUAUACCGUGGAUGUUGAUGCCUCUUGACCGGAUAUCCAGACUGUUACCCGGAAAAUUCAUUCAGAACGUUAAAGAUUUCAUCGACACUGGCUUGGACCCACACACAGAUGAAUAA